AUGUUGUCCAAGACUUUUAAGAGGGCUAUGCCUUCUGUUGCUCAAUCGUUGAGAUUUGCUUCUACCAAGACGAUGACCGUGAGAGAUGCUUUGAAUUCUGCUAUGGCGGAAGAAAUGGACCGUGAUGACGAUGUGUUCAUCAUUGGUGAAGAAGUUGCGCAAUAUAACGGUGCGUACAAGGUUACCAAGGGUUUGUUGGACCGUUUCGGUGAAAGAAGAGUUGUUGACACUCCAAUUACCGAGAUGGGUUUCACUGGUUUGGCUGUUGGUGCUGCUUUGAAGGGAUUGAAGCCAAUCGUGGAGUUCAUGUCCUUCAACUUCUCUAUGCAAGCCAUGGACCAAGUCAUUAACUCUGCAGCCAAGACCUACUACAUGUCUGGUGGUACUCAAAAGUGUCAAAUCGUGUUCAGAGGUCCAAACGGUUCUGCCGUCGGUGUUGCUGCCCAGCACUCCCAGGAUUACUCUGCUUGGUACGGUUCCGUUCCAGGUUUGAAGGUCUUGGUUCCAUACUCCGCUGAAGAUGCCAGAGGUUUGUUGAAGGCUGCUAUCCGUGAUCCAAACCCAGUCGUGUUUUUGGAAAACGAAUUGUUGUACGGUGAAUCCUUCGAAGUUUCCGAGGAAGCUUUGUCCACCGACUUCACCUUGCCAUACAAGGCCAAGGUUGAAAGAGAAGGUGCUGACAUUUCUAUCAUCACUUACACCAGAAACGUCCAAUUCUCUUUGCAAGCUGCUGAGAUCCUAUCCAAGCAAUACGGUGUUGACGCUGAAGUCAUCAACUUGAGAUCUAUCAGACCAUUGGAUGUCGAAGCCAUCAUCAACACCGUCAAGAAGACCAACCACUUGAUCACUGUCGAAUCUACUUUCCCAGCUUUCGGUGUCGGUUCUGAAAUCAUCGCCCAAAUCAUGGAAUCUGAGGCUUUCGACUACUUGGAUGCUCCAAUCCAAAGAGUCACUGGUGCUGAAGUCCCAACUCCAUACGCCAAGGAACUAGAAGACUUUGCCUUCCCAGACCCUGAAACUAUUGUCAGAGCUGCCAAGAGAGUUUUGUCCAUCGAAUAA